AUGAAGGAAAGAAAGUCGACAGACAGAGCGGCAUCCAUCUCAUCCACUUUCUCAAUGUCUACCUCCCCCUUAUCUCGUUUCACCUCAUCUACGACUCAACCUGCACUUGAGGAACUCAAAUUGUCCAACAUCCUAAAUGGCGAUACAUGCCCUCCGAUAUCGUUCAUUGAUUUUGCAACGUUCAUAGCGAACAAGGAGUUUACAACGGAGAACUUGCUAUUUAUACUUUGGUAUAAGAGUUACAAGACUAGAUUUGAUAAGUUGGAAUCAAAGAAAAAGGAAAGUAUACCGAUACCUAGUACGAGGCUUGGUGAUAGGUUUAAUCCUUAUGGGUAUUUAGAUCGACCAGCGGACGAAGAACAGACCAAACCAGAGCAGCAACAGCAACAGCAACAGCAGGAAACACCGGUGGUGUUCAAUGAACCUUUUAGAAGUAGGAGUGCAUCAUCUUCCAACAAACAAGUUCAAAUUGCCCAACAUCAACACCAACAGCAGAAUUGUCCACAUCCAACUUCCUCAUGCUAUUGCGUUGAACACAAUAGACCCGCGCCGAAUUGCCGACGAACCAGUAGGUUAUUAUCUAUCACUCAUUCGUUGCUAGGUGCAAGACGUCCAUCCUCCACUUCACACUCUCACGAGAGUAACCCCUUACGAUCGAUUUUACACCAAAAACCGUAUCCACCUUUACCACCUGCUGGAACAGUGUUUGCCGAACCAUCCCAACAACCCAUGAGAGAAGAGGCUCAGAGAGCUUUCGCGACGUUCUUGAGGAAAGGAGGAAGUAGAGAAUUGAGUAUCAGUGAUGAGUUGAGGGAAUAUACAAAGCUCUGUUUGGUCAAGAGUACGGCACCGGAAGUUUUCCUACCCCUAUACGAGGAGAUAUAUCAUACCGUUGAGACCCAGAGUUUACCACAUUUCCUUCAACAUGCAAGGAGUAACAUAAAUCGUCCGAAGCAAGUUUUCUGGUAUACGGUCGGCGCAGCAGAUUUUGCAGUCGGAGCAGUGAUAUACCUUCUCCUCACUUUACUUCUCCCUGCUCAUCCCUUCGGUCAUCGAGCCUGGCGGUUAUUCUCAAUCGUCUUCGUGGCUUUCGGAGCUAUGCAGGCGUACUCUGCCUAUCGAGGAUUCUGCUCUCAGGUCUGGGGACGAUCUCACCGACAGGUCAGACCUUGGGAAAUGGAUGAUCUAGAUGAUGAAGAGACAUUAGUGGAAAGUACAGCUGGCAACGAAUCGGAACUGAAAAAUGAGUCGUACCUCGCUGAACCGAUACCUUCCAUCAAUCGCAAAGAGAUAAACAUUAGCCUACCGGAUGAAGUUAGACCAUUAGCUGAUUUAGGUGGGACUGCCAGUGUACCUUCAGAGGAAGGUGAAGAUCUGAUGAUCAAGGAGGUUGGUGUAAACUCGUUAUCGAAAUCCGAUUCAAUCACUGUCGCUUUACCCGUUCUGGAAGAUAAGGCUCUGGCUCCCUCUGUAGAGAAUGGUAAGGAGAUGACAGAAGUUGAGAAGCGACAGUCUGAAAUCAGAAGGUCGACCGUCAAAGCACCAACUGCAUCUGAGGCCUUCCCAAUCACAGACGACAUGUAUGUUGGUAUGGUCUCAUCGAAUGCUUACAGGACAAUUCCAAAAUCGAAUAGGGCCGAUCCCAGCAGACAGAGAAAGGAGAUAUCACCUUUUGUCAGUGAUGAACCGAUCUUUCGUUCUUCAGCUUCAUCCGUCAGAGGCUCAAUCACCAAUCCCAACACCAAUUCUAUUCCUUUGGCACGUUCGAAAUCUCGAUUAUACUCUAUGACCAGUCAGAGGGCGAAUAAAGAAAUAUCCAAUAUCCUCUUAAAACUCAGACGAUCAACGGCAGAUCCACCAGAAGACGAAUAUCUAGAUCCAUUGUCUUCAACUUCUUCUUCGUCCACGAGGAAACAUAAAUUGAGAUCUAGGAGAUUGACCAGAAAGGAACGAAAGGAAAAGCCAAAGAUAUUUGGACCGGAGAAAUUGGUUGAGGAUCCACGGAUCAAGCGGGUUUAUAGUGAGAUCAAAAGAGAUAUAUUGAUUGUAGGUAGUUUGGUGGCUUCUGUUUGGAUUGUACUUUGCUUGGCAGUCCCCUGCGCUGGAUUGGCUUCAUAA